AAGGAUGGAUAUAGAUUACUUUGUACAGCACAUCAGUGAAACGUGUUGUUUUUGAAUACACUAACAUAUUGAUAAGUAAUCUAUUCCACCAGAGGAUAUAUGGCUUAUUGCUAUAUGCCUAAGACCGUCCAUACGUGAUCUGAUAUCACACCCUGCACGAGGUGACCCUGCUUAUACUGAAUAUGGCGGAUCUAGAGAGGAAAACUCGAUAAAACCCGUAAUCCCCGGUGUUAAACGUACCGUGCCGAGGGAUGAAUGGCACUACGUGAGUGUGUCUUUGAACGGUGUACUCUAGAUAUCUGGCGACCUCUAGUUUUAAUAAGCCUUCCCGAAGUAAUGGGGGCUAUGCGUCGGGUGACAUACUUUCCCCUACACUCGUGGGAAUCAAAUGAGUAAUAAAUAUCAAAUUAAUAAAUAUGAGGCGUCACCUCAUUUUAAAAAUGACAAAAUAAAUAUAUGUCCAUCAACUUCACAGGCAAACAUAAUUAAAUGUAAAACAGAACCAAAUUAUGAAGAUGAAAAAAGUAUUAUUGUUAUUUCAGAUGAAGAGAAAACACCAGUUAAGGCUAAAUCUGAAAGACCUAAUCUUACCGAAACAGCACUUUAUAAAAAACAUUUAUCAUCAUAUCUUAAACAAGGGUUUAGUUUUACUAAAUCUAAAAAAUUUGCUCAACUUAAUUGCAUGCUAAAAAAUACAAGUACAAAUAUUAGCGGCGAACCAACCAUUCCACAAGAUAUUGAUUUCAAUAGUGUGAAUUUGAAAGAUAUUGGUCGAAUUAAACUCUCUGGAUCAGCCCGAAGACGUCGCGCAAUUUUAUUAAGAAAAGGUUUUAGCAUGAAGGAAGCUACAGUUUAUUCUCAUAAUAAGAUAAGAUGGUGUAAGAAUCAAGGUAGAAAACCAGGUGCUUCAAAGGAAUAUAUUGAAAGAAUGAGAGAAAAAUAUCCAAGCCGAACUAGUCUUAUGCGUGCUGCAAGAAAAUCUGAAGACAGCGAUGAGGAUAGGGAAAGUCCUGUAACUUUUGAUACCGUGCCCGUAAAUACUUUAAGUACCGAAACUAAAAAUAUUGGUUUGUUACCAUCAGAAUAUCCAAGUAUAUGUUGGACCACAACUCAGUUUGAAAUUCUACAACAAUGCAUUUUAAAUGAAAUCAGAAAACUACCUGCAAAUUCUGACAAACCAAAUUUUGAUGGUUGCAUUUUUAAGUAUGGAUUUAUAACUUUAAUAUAUGAUAAUAAAGAUGUCAGUACGGAAAAAUGGAUAAAAUCGGCUGUACCCACAUUAAAACCAUGGCCAAACUUUUCGGUUAGAAUUGUAGAAGAAGAAAACAUACCUUGUUCACAAAUAUUCACAGCCUGGUUUCCAGAAAGUAAUGAUGAGGGUAAUAAAACUAUUUUGACACAGAUUGAGAAACGAAAUAAGGGACUUAGUACAAAAAAGUGGGAAGUCUUGUUUAGAAACGAAAAUGGAAUAAAUACAGAACUUAUUUUAGAUAUUGAUCCUAUUUCCGUAAAAAAUCUUGACCAACUUAAUUAUGAAAUCAAUUAUCGAUCUUACAAAGUUUGCUUUAAACGUACUAAUGAUAACAGUAAUUAUGGUUUCCAAACAGAGAACACAUCAGGGGCUUUUAAUACCUCAAAAUGUAAUAAUGUAACUGCUAAUUUUAAAACAAAUCAAGAAGAAGGAAACAUACUUUGUCCACAAAUAUUUACAGCAUGGUUUCCAGAGAGUAAUGAUCAGGAUAAUGAAAGUAUUUUGACAGAAAUUAAGAAACGAAAUAGGGGACUUAGAACAAAUAAAUGGAAAGUCUUGUUCAGAAAUGAAAAUGGAAUAAAUACAGAACUUACUUUGGCUAUGGAUCCUAUAUCCCUAAGAAAUCUUGACCGAUUUAAUUACGAAAUUAAUUAUCGAUCUUACAAAGUUUGCUUUAAACGUACUAAUGAUAACAGUAAUUAUGGUUUCCAAACAGAGAACACAUCAGGGGCUUUUAAUACUACAAAAUACAAUAAUAUAACUGCUAAUUUUAAAACAAAUCAAAAAGGAAACAUACCUUGUUCACGAAUAUUUACAGCAUGGUUUCCAGAAAGUAAUGAUGAGGAUAAUGAAAGUAUUUUGACAGAAAUUAAGGAACGAAAUAGGGGACUUAGAACAAAUAUAUGGGAAGUCUUGUUCAGAAAUGAAAAUGGAAUAAAUACAGAACUUACUUUGGCUAUGGAUCCUAUAUCCCUAAGAAAUCUUGAAAGAUUUAAUUACGAAAUAAAUUAUCGAUCUUACAAAGUUUGCUUUAAACGUACUAAUGAUAACACUAAUUAUGGUUUCCAAACAGAUAACACAUCAGGGGCUUUUAAUACCACAAAAUGUAAUAAUGUGACUGCUAAUUUUAAAACAAAUCAAGAAGAAGGAAACAUACCUUGUCAACAAAUAUUUGCAGCAUGGUUUCCAGAAAGUAAUGAUGUGGAUAAUAAAAGUAUUUUGAAAGAAAUCAAGAAACGAAAUAGGGGACUUAGAAUAAAUAAGUGGGAAGUCUUGUUUAGAAAUGAAAAUGGAAUAAAUACAGAACUUACUUUGGCUAUUGAUCCUAUAUCUCUAAGAAAUCUUGACAAAGAUAAUUACGAAAUCAAUUAUCGAUCUUACAAAGUUUGCUUUAAACGUAAACAUGACAACAUUAAUUAUGGUUUCCAAACAGAGAACACAUCGGGGGCUUUUAAUACCACAAAAUACAAUAAUAUAACUACUAAUUUUGAAACAAGGCAAGAUGACACUUCGAGUUCUUUUAAUUCACAAAACCAGCAGCAACGCUUAGAAGAUGACUGGUUAAUGUCUAGAAAUAGAUUUACUUAUGACAAUAUGAAUUUUGAUUCAAGUAACUUUGAUAUGCAGAAAGGGCAUCAAAAUGAGCAAUAUCAUCGUAAACAAAAUUUUUCUGAAAAUGAACACUUAAGAUGUGAGAAAAGAUUUAUAAAUAAUAUGGAUAGUUUAGCCUUUGGGUACUCUGCGACACCACAACAACAUUCCGAAAAUAAAAAGUUUAGACGUGACGAACGAUGUACAGAUGAUGACGAAAGUUCUGAUUUCAUGUACUCUAUGAACCAACAACAGAAUAUGCAACAGCAGAACAUGCAACAGCAGAAUAUGCAACAGCAGAACAUGCAACAGCAGAAUAUGCAACAACAGAGUUCGGAAAAUAAAUCGUAUAUACGUGUUAGAAAAAAUGUGUUUGACGAUGAAAAUUUUGACUCACGAUCUUCUUCGCAACAAGAACGACAGCAACUACCCUAUGAGAAUAAAUGGUCAAUGGAUGCGAAAAAUUCAUUUAAUAGCAAUGGGAACUUUUUCUCAAACUGUUCUAGGUCACAGGGACAACAAAAUGAAAUAGGACAUAUAAGUGAUACUGAAAGACCUAACUCAAUUAUGCAACAGCAAUAUUAUGAAGGGAAGCGGUUCGAAAGUAAUUGGCCAGUGAGUGCUGAAACACACAUGAAUGAUUCUCGUAAUUCUAACUCAAGAUUUUCUUUUGAAAAGCAAUGUCAAGAAAGGUGCUCUGAAAAUCAGUAUCAACGUUUUGAAAACAAUUCAUUUGUAGAUGUCGAAAGGUCUUUGAAUGACGAUGGGAAUUCUAAUUCUAUACGUCAAAAACGACAACCUCAUCAACAACAUCAUCAACAACAACAUCAUGUACAACAAAAUUAUGAAACGAAUUGGUCUGAACGAGAAAGAAUUCCUGAAAAUAAGAAUGAGAGCCAACAAUAUCGGCAGCAACAAGAGUUCUCACAAAACGAGUGGUGUAACCGGGAGAGAGGUCAUAUAAAUGAUCAACAACAAAAUUAUGAAAUGAAAUGGUCUGAACGUGAAAAAAGUUCUGAAAAUAAGAAUGAGAGCCAACAAUAUCGACAGCAACAAGAGUUUCUACAAAACCAGUGGCGUAACCGUGAGAGAAGUCCUAUAAAUGAUCAAGAACAAAAUUAUGAAACGAAAUGGUCUGAACGUGAAAGAAGUCCUGAAAAUAAGAAUGAGAGCCGGCUACAAUAUCGACAGCAACAAGAGUUUUUGCAAAACCAGUGGUGUAAUCGUGAAAGAAGUCCUAUAAAUAAUCAACAACAAAAUUAUGAAAUCAAAUGGUCUGAACGUGAAAGAAGUCCUGAAAAUAAGAAUAAGAGCCGCCAACAAUAUCGACAGCAACAAGAGUUCUUACAAAAUCGUGAGAGAAGUAUUAUAAAUGAUCGCGCAAAAUCUAACGAAAGGUAUUCUAUGACACAACAACGUGAUGAACACGGUUCUGAAUAUGAAUGGCCUUUGAAGUUAGAUCGAAAUAGAGAUGCUAAUAAGAAUUCUAAUACAAGAUUUUCGACAAUACAAGGACAAAAUCAACAACGUUUAGAAAAUGAGUAUGUUGCAGAUCAGAAUUUAAAGAGCGAUGGCAAAGGAUGUGUAAAUAAAUAUUCUGAUAUUUUUGAAAGAAGACGCCCAAAAGAUUCAACCAAUUAUUGUUCGCCGCAAGAAAACUAUAGAAAUGAUUGGUCGACCGAUUUAGAUCGUGAUAGUAAUUAUUGGAGGACAGAAAGUAAUUAUAAGGGAUCAGACAUGUCUCAACAAAAUUAUUCACCGAACAAUAAUGACAAAAAUAUGUCUGAUGGUCUUAUAAGAUGGCCACAAUGGCAUAUAAGUCAGUAGUAAAAGUUUUCAUUUGUUUCUCGGAUCAGUCUGUUACAAUAAUAUUUACUUUCGGAAGUUUAUGACGAAAAUACUGAGUUACAAAACAGACUUAUCUACAUAUUGUUUCUUCCACAAUUGGUGAAGAAUAGGUGCUCUUUCAGCAUUUAUGGAUCAUUGGUGAAUAUUGUGCAAAAUAAUUAAUUUAAUAAAUAAUUAGCAGAUUGUAUAGAGCCGCGUUAUUUUAAGUUGUAACGAGAUUAAUUAGUAGUAGUGGCAGUGUUGGAUCAACUUAUCGAUGAAGUAAAAUUGAAGAAAAACG